AGCGUGUUCCACUGUUUGGGGAAAUGCCACAAACAAACUGGCAUUCGUGUCUUCUAAUCGUAGUGCUUUGACUUGUUAUUGCGUUUUAUUUGAAGCUUAAAAGCUGUUUUUGAGUUUUAUCUUUUAAGUUUUUUAUGUUGUGUUACGAGCCAGGGCAUCCAUUCCAGCGCGUGUCGGUUUUAGCUUGAAGAGAAAUUGCAGGUUUGCUUUAAAACUGCAGCUGCCCCGCAGGACAGAGCGAGAGAGAUGUCUGAUUUUAUUUUAUUGCUUCUGAUAAUUGUCCUCCUGCUGUGCCUGGUUGUGACAGUCGUGGGCCUGCUGGUGUACUCGGGACUCCUGUCAGACGUGGAAAUUAAAACCGGGCCCCCUCCCAUCAGAAAUGUCACCAUUGCCUAUAAGUUUAAAGAGGGCUCGUACAAAGACUGCGGAGCUGCCUUCACAGAGAGCUGCAGCAUCGGGCCAAAGCUCGACUCCAUCGGUGUUUUCUACGAUGACCCCAGACAGAGACCACCAGGGAAAUGUCGUUAUGCGGUGGGCAGCGUCCUGUGUGAGGGUGAAGAGAAGCUGGACGAAGAUCUGCUGAAGCUCUAUGAGAAGUUUGGCUUCCAGGUGUUUUCUCUCCCAGAAGUGAGCCAUGCUGUGACCACCAGCUUCCCUUGCACCACCCAUCUGUCCCACGUGCUGAGUCCUUACAGGGUUUAUCCCCAACUUCAAUCCUACAUUGAGGAGCGAAAGCUGUCCGCCUUCCCAGUUAUUGAGAUCUACAGAUCGGAUGUCAUCAACUACAUGGUUCCACUGUCUCUCCAGACAGAAUUCUUUGUGCCAGAAAUGUUAGAUGAAACCAAACCAGAUGUAAAAGAAGAGGACUCCGAUGAAGACAGAGGAACUGACAUUACUGGUGCAGAUUCCCACAGCGACGUCAGCUCAGUGAGCGGCGGCGCCCCCUGGGACAGCAGAGAGACAUCGCUGGCAGCGUCCACAGCCGCCUCCCUGGCCUCCUCCCUGCCCCUGAGGGACGUCGUGGACACAAACGACGACAUUAAGGACAGGGACCACAGCGACAGAGGCUCCAAUGACUCUGUGGGCAGCGGCUCAUCCUUUGAAGAACUGGACAUGGAUCAGGAGGAGCAGGCGGAGGUGGAGGAGAAAGAAGAUACGAAAGAAGAUGACGUUCCUAAGGAGGAAGAUGAAGGUAGAGAAGCAGCUGAACUGGGGGCUGAGAAGAAGGAGCCCCUGAGAGAUGGAGAGGAGUAGGAAGGACAUGACUCUGGUAUACUGAAGAGUUUCUCAGCUGUGCUGUUGUUGGUUAUUGAUUAAUCGUGUUGGUGGAUCUAACGCUGCUCAUCCCAUGACCAACAGGCCAUAUUUCUGCGCAUUUUCACUUCCCUUAUGAAGCCUGUAAUUUCUGUUUAUCAAAAAAUCCGUUUUUAGAAGAACCUCCUGAUUUAAAAAUGUAAACAAACUGUCAUGAUGUGCAGCCAAUCAGAGGCCAGGUGUGUUUUAAUUACAGUCACACCAACUAUCACAGAUCAUCAUCUAAUGGGACAUUUUUUCUGUGGCUGUUGUUAUGAAAGCCCAUCUGUCAGAAUCAUAUUCUGAUGAGACAUCUGACAUUGUUGUUCUUGAUUUACAGUAACGUUUUGGUGAAAACAGGCAGGAGCUGCUGCUUCUGAACUUCAGGAUUAUUCAAUCUGAGGCAGAGUGACUUUAUAACCGCAAAUGUUCGCCCUCUCAUUGAAAUCGUUACAGAAUAUUUUAUUGCCACUCAUAAGAUAAUUGCGUUUUUAUGCAAUUGUGUCUUUCUAUACUCAAACUGCAUUUUUUUCUGUUGCUGUUGUAGCCAAGUUUUCCUCACUAGCAGAGACAUGUUGUGACAUGUUUGUUAGUUGAUAUUGUUCUAUUAGAAGUGUAGAAAUGCGUUUCCAUGUUUGUGUCUCUUUUAAGUGGAAUAAAAUUUUCACGAGAAAAGUUU